UUCAGUUUAGAGGAAAAUAGAAAGAUCUUUACUAUUAACUGUGUAGUGCUAUACCAUAUUACUAAAGAUGAAAUGUGGAAAUACGUGUACAAUACUCUGAACACAUCGCAGACAUUAUGUAACCUGAGAAUUGAGUCACGUAACCUGAAAUUAAUUGAUGAAAUGUUUUGUAAAGAAGACACAACAUCAACUGAAAAUGAUACUUUCAAUUGGCCAAUGACAAAAGUUGGAACGACUGUGAAGAUUCCCUGUCAUGCAAAUGUAGCAACAAGACGUUGCUCUUCCAGAACGGUUGUACAUCAAGAAAUGCCAACAAACCAAAAUAUGACAUCACCAAAGUGUUCACCAUUCACUGGGAUCUGGCAAGAACCAGACAUGUCGCAGUGUUACAAUACGGAGGGGAUCACUCGUGAACUAAAGAACAUAAGCAAAGAAAUUGAUAAAG